CCCUGCUCUGGUAGCUCGCUUCCUGAGCGCUUAAAGGAUGCCUGGGGGCUGGACGCGGAGUGUGCCGGGAUGGCCGCUCUCCGUGAAGGCCUGAGGCCGGCCUCCACACUCAUCUUUUUAAUUUUGAAAGCUCAACACUCUUGGACCACUUCUUUGGAAAACUACCAGCAACAAGUCAUUCACUGCGAUCCUAUUCAGCAUAGCCACAUCUGAACUUUCCAAGUCUAAACAGGACUGCCUUUGAUUCUCCCAUGAAGCUGCAUCAUCACUGCCUGUCCAUGUUAGUGGUGGUCACUCUUGUGCCAGCUGCUCUGGUUUUGGAAGAUGUGGCCCCACUGGGAGCAAAUCAGAGUUCAUACAACACAUCAUUUCUCCCGAGCUUUGAACUCUCAGCAGGUUCCUACUCAGGUGAUGGUGUCGUCAUAGCCAAAGAGGGAACAAACAUUUCCCUGGAAUGUCUUCUCACAGUGCAUCACUAUGGAGACGUCUACUGGUACAACUCGAAAGGACAGCAGCUACAAGGCAGAGGUGGAAAAUGGUUGGUUUCUGAUAACUUCCUAAAUAUCACCAGCGUAGCCUUUGAUGACCGUGGGCUCUAUACGUGUAUCGUCACUUCUCCAACUCGUGCCUCCUACUCAGUCACCCUCCGCGUCAUCUUCACCUCUGGAGACAUGAGUGUCUACUAUAUGGUUGUCUGCCUGAUCGCCUUCACAAUCACACUUAUCCUGAAUGUCACUCGGCUGUGCCUGAUGAGCACCCAUCUCCGCAAGACCGAGAAGGCCAUCAAUGAGUUCUUCAGAACUGAGGGGGCUGAAAAGCUGCAGAAGGCCUUUGAGAUCGCAAAGCGCAUCCCCAUCAUCACCUCAGCCAAAACCCUGGAGCUGGCUAAGGUCACACAGUUUAAGACCAUGGAGUUUGCCCGCUACAUUGAAGAACUGGCCAGAAGUGUCCCUCUCCCACCCCUCAUUCUGAACUGUCGGGCCUUUGUUGAGGAAAUGUUUGAGGCUGUGCGAGUGGAUGAUCCUGAUGACGUGGGAGAGAGAAUUAAGGAAAGACCUGCCUUAGACGCUCAAAGUAGCAUCUAUGUUAUUAACCCAGAGCUAGGACGCAGUAACUCACCUGGUGGAGAUUCGGAUGAUGGCUCGCUAAGUGAGCAAGGCCAGGAGAUAGCAGUGCAGGUGUCUGUCCACCUUCAGUCAGAGACCAAAAGUAUCGGGACAGAUUCUCAGGACAGCAGUCAUUUCAGCCCACCCGAUGACCCUGCACCUGCUGAGGGCAGCGCUCACCACAGAGAGCGAGUGUGUGACAACUGAAAGCUUGCCCAGCACUCAGGAAAAGAGUGCAAUGAGGACAUGGCAUUGUUACAAGAAGACCAGGGUCUUUCCUUUAACCUUAAGCAUUCCAGAGCAUGAAUUGCCAAAGUCACCAUGGAAAGGCAGCAUUUUUCUGAUAAUGCGAUCAUUUUUCUUAAGGUUGUUAGAGAAAUGUGUUUUAGGAUUGAAAGGCAUCUGCGCUGUGAACACAGUAAGACUUCUGGUCACAGUUUUUCUUUGGCUCAUGUAUGACAGCCUUGAAGCCUGAGUUUCCCCAUCAAUGAAAUGAAAGGUUUGUUCUCAGUAAGUUGAGACUUCAGCCAAAACUUCCUACCUGUCACACCUCCAGGUUAGCCUUUCACCAGACCUUUGGUUCCCCCUUUGAGACUCUAUUCGGCACUCUAGUUGUCUGCACCAGUGCCAGAAACACAGAGGCUCUGCCUGGGGAUAAACACGCACAUAUGCCAGGGCAGAGCUCUGCACCCAAGCACUACUGUGCUACCCAGGUGUGCAAAGUAAAUUGCCAUUAGAGAACCACUCUCCCUGGAUGUGAGCAGCACACACCUUUAAUCCCAGCAGAGAGAGGCAGAUCCCCGAGUUCGAGGACAGCCAGGGUUACACAGAGAACCCUUGGCACAAAAAAAAAAAAAAAAAAGAAGAAGAAGAAAAAACAAAAAACCACUCUCCAUGAGAAAUGUGUUCUUCUUGGGAAUACAUCCUGUCUUUUUCGCUUACCAAGACCUUUUAGUCCAUCGAGGCUGGCCUCAAUGUCCCCAAAGAAGAAUGUUCUCAGUGUUUUGUGAACAAGAACGACUCAAGUCACUUCUGGCAAAUCAUCAGUUUUGAUACUUUUUAACUUAUGUCUCAGGCUUUCCCUUCUUGGAAGUACUGAGUUCCCAGGUGGGCUCUGUUUGGGUCCCGAACUGCAGACUCCAGCAGCACUUCAGAGCCCAGCAGCACUCCUUCCCUCUGUGGGCCUCGACCUGGUGCUAAAGGUGAUAACACCUCCUCUUAGACUCGUCGUCAUUACUGUUUUUGGUCUUCAGAUGCAUCCUUUUGAGUGGGGGCUGCUUUCGUAGCCUUUCUAGAAGCACAUGCCUGAAAUCAGAUGAGGUCAUCGUGUUCAGUGAGUUAUAUUAAAACAGGUAAUCCAGACAUAAAGGGGGAAAUGAGGGUGGUCCCACCUGGCUGAGAGUGGCCUGACAGAUUGUAGUCUUCUAAAUCAUUUCCUCAGCUGCAGGGAGCUCAUGCCUUAGAAAUGUAACAUCAUGGCCAUGGAGUUCAAUGCGGUUUCACUGCAUUUGCCUUCUGGUUGUGGAAGCUUGGCUUGAGCUAGAAGGUCCUGAGGGAAACGUACAGAGAAGGUGUUCAGCAGAAUUUAAUUUAAAGUGUCAAACAAAGAGGACAGAAAGAUCAAAGUGUAACUAGUGAACUCAGUGCCUGCCUUUGUCCAGGCUAAUCAGAUUCACACCUCUGCUCCGGACAGUGUGCAGUUUUAUCACGUGGUAUGUAGAUAAUAUGGUAAUGCUGCCUUUUCUGUCUCUCAGGCUGUUUCCAUGGAAACCUCCAGAGCCAAACAAAAGCUACCAAUCAUUCAACCAAAAAGCUUGCAUUGGCUCCGAGAUGUGUAUUUCUGUAAGGAAAGCUGUUUUCCUACAUUUGGCUGUAGAACAAGGGCUCUUACACAUACCCUAAAUUAUAGAACCUGUUUUCCUUUCCUGGACAUUCUAAAUUUUUAAAAAUCUCUUCUGUGGGGUUAGUCUCCUGAAUGUCCCUCAGAUGUGCAGUACCUCACUUGAUAAAGCAAGGUUAAGAUCACUUCUUAUAAUGAAGUUUGUUGCCUUAAAUACUGGUUUUACCCCACGUGUUCCUAGAAGGAACAUUAAUGUCUUGAACUUUAAGGUGGACCUAUUUAAUGACCAGAGUUUCAGAAAACAGUAUUUUUAAAAAAAAAUGAAAAACACCAAAACACUUGGGUAAGCUAACAGAAUUCAUACAGGCAACUCCACCAUAGGCUGGGUUAGUUGUCACAGACGAACAAGACAGGCAGUGGGUGUGGUAGAACACACCGGUAAUCCCAGCACCUGGGGGCAGGGGCGGAGGACGGCAAGUGCUAAGCCAGCCUGAGAUAUUAGCGUGACCCUGCCUCAGAAUCCUAACCACUGGGCAUGUGGCUGGCUGAGGUCAGUGUUUCUUCUAGCACUAAGCCUGGGCUUGAGCCCAUCACUGGUGCUAUCCUAACUGCUGGCCACAGAAACUGCCCUGCUUCUAGCCUUCCAGGUUCCAUCACUACAGGGUAGGUCAAACUCAGGAGGAACGGCACACUUGUAAAGCUAGUUUUCAAAGGGAAGAGGACAGCUGUUAAUAUUGUCUGUGUCUAAUCAAACCGAAUGACCUAACAGUCUCAUCUGUUUGAAACCAUUUACCUUAGGAACUUAAAACCACAGUCUGAAAGUCUGUCACCAGCUAGUGUCAUUAUCAUUCUGUCUGGCUGAAUUUUAUAGGUAGCUUUGUUUUGUUUAACGCCUUUGACCAGCAAAAUGUGUCUAAAAUAUGUCUGUCACCGUAUUGUGAAUUUCGUAUUGUUGAAUGAACUUUAAUAGCCUCACAGCUUUGUAAAAUAAAUCUACCACAAGUUGCCAUCUUCAGAUUUUGGCAUCUUCAGAUACUCCUUCCACACAUCCACUGUGUGAACUGUUGUGUUUGUAGCAGUUUGGUAACCUUAGUCCUCAAAGCCAUGUCUACUAUGGUUUAAAAAGCAGGUGUUGCCGUUUGUCCAACCUGGCUUCAAACUUACCGUCUAGUCUCAGCCUCCUGCAUACUAGGAUCCCAGCAUGCACUGCCAUGUCUGCCUUUGUCUCAGCAUGUAGCCUAGGCUGGCCUUGAACCUUGAGCAAAUCCUCUUGCCUCACAAAUGCUAGAGUUACAAGUGUGUGUCACUAUGCCUGGCUUUUAGGCUUAAUUCUUGAGUCAGGCCCAGUGGGCUUGUCUACUUCCGGACCACUACAUCUUGAUGUAAACACGGUAAGAACUGCUGACCAUGGGACACUUGUGAGAAAGCCCCUGCUGCUACUUUGCCUCCCUUCCACGUGCUUAAGGUCAGAUCCCCAUGUGUUUCCACCUCCUCUUCAGUUCCCCAACCUCGAGAGCCCUUGGGCCAAUGCUUUUAUACCCUGCAUGUGGUUUCACCCUACUGCAGACUAAGCUGGGUCCCUGGCUGUCCCAGGAAGCUGCUUGCUUGCCAUCUAGAGCCCAGCUCAGCACAGGGCUGGCCACCUCCCCACACCAGCCAUUGUUAACUCCAGUGUAUCCUAUUUCCAGAGCCACAGUCUUCUCACCUGGGGCUUGAACAUGACAACACAGCCUCGGGAAAACUUCUGGGUGCUUAUGAACCUGUCUCACAACAGGAAAUGAGUGUUCUUGGAUAGUACUUGUGUCUCAACAGUUAUUUGAAUAAAACUUGCAUUAAAUAAGUCA